AUGUCAGUACCAGAGGAUAAGGAGCUACUACAAGAGGCGGAUGAAUACAUAACCUCGGCAACAAAGCAGUAUGAUGAUGCAUAUGAGCGAGCUCAGGGCUAUCUGAAGUCAAGGCAAGGCGAGCCACCCUCGGUGGCUUCAGAUGCUGAGAAGUCUCAGGCCUCAGGAGCUGUCAGGAAAGCGGAAGUAGCCCUCCAGCUAAAACAGCAAGAACUACAGAUAUUGCAACAGAGGCAACAACGGGAGAGAGAAGAGCAAGAACUCAAGAGGAACAAUGAGUUGCAGUCUGCAAAGGAAGCUGAAGACCUGGUCAAGUUGGAGGUUCGGUUGACCGCAGCAGCAGAGGACGACCUGAACUGGGACCGGAGGAAAGACUUCGAUGGUGAAGCGGCAGCCACUGCAGACCAGGCUCAUCGCACAGAGACAGGGAAGAGUACCCAUGCUUCACAGUUACAGCAGCCUGAACCGUUGUUCCUGAGGAGUCUCCCACGCAUCACACUACCCAAGUUCAGUGGUAGUCCUGGGGAGUGGCCCAAGUGGUAUGCUCUCUACCGAACCCUCGUCCAUGACCAGCCCCUAAACUCUACAGAGAAGAUGGUCCACCUCCAGAGUGCCGUUGCAGGACCAGCUCAACAGAUCAUCAGCGGCAUGUUCUAUGAAGGACGGCUCUAUGAAGAUGCUUUGAGAGCGCUUGAAGACCGCUUCGGUAAGAAAGAAGACAUCGUGCAGGAGAACAUGAAGGCGAUCUUUAGAAGUCCAUCACCUUCUUCAAACCAAGACCUGCAGGGACUGGAGCGAUUCCACUCAGCCGUGCACUCUGCAGUGACAGUUCUGCAGAAUCUUGAGUAUGACGGAGACCUCCAUAGUACAGAGAACCUGCGCAGAGUGAUCGAGAAGCUGCCACAGGACAUGAAGUAUGCGUGGAGUGAACAUGCAGUGGAGAUGGAGCCUCGCCGUGCUUCGCUGACAGAGUUCGACCAGUGGCUUGCCAAGCAGGUCAGGAUCACCCAGAAGCUGGCUUCAGUGACUCUGACACGCCAAGACCGAAGGCAAGGAGGUUGGAUCUCAGGUCCAGGUGCAGCGCAGAAAGCCCCAAGACAGAAACCAGUAUCAGAGACGCGAGCUACACUGACCACAGGAACCACCAGCACGAGCCAGACGCAGCACUGUGUGUGCUGUGAAGGAGCUCACCCACUGAAGGAGUGUCCAGCAUUCCAAGAACUGGACGCUGAUCGGCGAGCUCAACUCGUGCUGAGGACAGGCACCUGCUUCGUGUGCCUCAAGAGAGGACAUCGGAUCAAGACCUGCGCGUUCAAGAGAGACUGUGGAAUCGACGGGUGCAUGAUGAAGCACCAUCAGCUGCUGCAUGGCAGCAAACGAGUGACAUCACCAGCGAGAGACAACGAGCACAGAGUCGUGGCCGCAGUCACAGAGCGGGAGCGGAUCUCGGAGAGCGUGACGUUGCUGCAGGUGGUACCUGUGCGCGUUCACACCGAGGACGGUUACCGAGACACGCUGGCGCUACUCGAUCCAGGGUCACAGACCAGCCUCGUGUCAGACCAGCUCGUCCGUGAUGGUAACCUAACCGGAGAUCAACAGCAACUCUGCAUCGAGAACGUAGAAGGUCGGGGAAGCACCAGAAGGACCACCCGAGUUCAGCUGACUCUGAGUCCUCUCUGUGCUGGGGAAGACCCUCACUGCAAGAUCUUCGUCCCUGAAGCCUUCUCGGUGCCAAGAGUUAACGUGCGCGUCCAAGAAAUCCCUAACAAGAUCAGAAACUGGGAGAAGUGGAGGCACCUCCACGGACUGCAACUACCAGAUUGCACCAGAGGGACCGUAGAGAUUCUCCUGGGUGCAAAUGUACUGGAAGCAGUGCUACAGAGAGAGGCGAGGAUCGGCAGCGCCGGAGAGCCGGUAGCAGUCCGAACGGCCUUCGGUUGGUCCCUGACAGGCACCAUCGCCGGCUUCACUCCUGCUUCGACAAACCAUCGACAAGUCAUGUUCCUCCUCCGGCAGCAAGUAGAGGAGUGGUGGACCACAGAGGCGUUCGGCACGCGUUGUGACGUGAACGAAUCAUCUGCAGAAGAUCAGCGGAGCAUCAAAAUCCUGAACGACACCGUCAAGAGAGGAGAGAACCGAUACGAGUCCGGCCUCCUGUGGAAGAAUGAAGACGUCAAGAUGCCGGAAAACCAAGCCACCGCCAUGGGGAGACUCAAGAAGCUGGAGAAGAGCCUGAUGCGGGAUCCCAAGAAAGCUGAAGCCUACGGAGCGGCGAUCCGAGCGUAUGUCGACGCCGGUCACGCGCGAAAGCUGCCCAGGGAAGAAGCUGAGAAACCGCAUGAGAAGCUCUGGCUACUUCCUCAUCACGCUGUAGUCAACCCCAACAAACCCAAGCUGAGAGUGGUCUUCGACGCAGCGGCCUCCCAUCUGGGCGUGUCUCUCAACAGCGAGCUGAUGAGGGGCCCAGACCUCCUCCAGAAUCUGGUCGGGAUUCUUCUUCGCUUCAGACAGGAGAAAGUCGCGAUCGUGGCCGACAUCACACAGAUGUUUAAUCAGAUCCAGAUCCGUGAACAAGACCAGCCAGCACUGAGCUUCUUGUGGCGUGACCUCGACUCGUCGCGAGAGCCUGACAUGUACCGCAUGCUCGUCGCGAUCUUCGGUGCGAAAUGCAGUCCUGCUAUCGCGAACUAUGUCCUACAGAAAACAGCAGAAGAUGGCUGUUCAGGGACAGCGGAAUCUCUGAUCGCCAAAGAAGCAGUGUCAACUAGCUUCUAUAUGGACGACUUUGUGAAGUCUGAAGCGUCCGUAGAAGCAGCCAGAACCAUGAAGACAGAAGUGACAAGUCUGCUGACCCACGGGGGCUUCAAUCUGACGAAGUGGGUUAGUAGUGAGAAGACAGUGCUGUCAGACGUUCCAGACCAAGAACGGGGAGUACUGAAAGAAGAAGACCGCUCUCCAGGGAACCCGUACUGCACAGUGCUGGGAUGCAAGUGGAUCCCAGAGGACGACACAAUCUCCGUCAAGAUCAGCCGACUCUCAGUACCUGCCACGAAGAGAGGCGUGUUGAAGCAAGCUGCCUCAGUGUAUGAUCCCCUGGGGAUGCUGACACCCUUCACUCUACUCGCCAAGAAGCUGAUCCAGGACCUCUGGCGAGAGAAGUUCGACUGGGAUGAGCCUCUGACCGGAGACGAGCUCCGCAGCUGGAUCCGCUGGCAAGAAGACCUCAAGUACGUGGAAGAAGUCCGUAUCCCGAGAUGGUAUCGCGCUCAGGGUCAGGAGUCAGAAGCUCAGUACGAGCUACAUCUCUUCAGUGACGCCUCCGAGCACGCCUUCGGCGCGAUAGCCUACGUCAGAGUGCUGUCGCAUGGUACCAGCUACUGUCAGUUCGUCAUGGCCCGCUCGAGACUGGCUCCGCUGAGACAGCUCUCCAUAGUUCGUCUCGAACUUCAAGGUGCCGUACUGGCAACCAGAGUGGCUACCACCAUCAAGAAAGAGAUCGACUACAACUUAACCAGAAUCUUCUUCUGGACGGACAGCCGCGUCGUGUUGCAGAUGCUGAAGAACGAGAGUCGAAGAUACCACACGUUUGUGGCUAAUCGUGUAUCCGAGAUCCACGAGUCUACGAGCCCAGAACAGUGGUUCCAUGUUCCAGGGACAGAGAACCCGGCAGACCUAUGCUCCAGAGGUCAAUCUCUGUCGACACUCAAGGAGGAAGACUGGUGGGACGGCCCGCCAUUCCUCAGACACAGUGAAGAGCUCUGGCCUCCACAGAGCGACGCAGGAGAGCUCAGUGCAGACUGCAAAGAGCUCAAGCGACCAACCGUCUGUACGCUGCAAGCGGCAAGUCGCGUCCAGACUCAAGAGCUACCUACUGAUUCAGCAAUUCCGGAUCCAGCGCGGUUCUCAUCAUGGCUGAAGUUCCGCCGCGUCGUUGCGUGGAUGCAACGUUUCAUCAAGAACGCAAGAAGUAAGGUCUCUGGGACAGCAGGGACCAGUGGACCUCUGCAAAGUGCAGAGAUCGAGGCAGCUGAACUCUGCAUUCUGAGAACAGAGCAGAGAAAACCGCGGUUCUCAUCACCUCAGCACUUCUCCCACCUGUCACCCUUCCAUGACAGCCGUGGACUACUGAGAGUGGGAGGCCGCCUCGGCCAGGCUCCGCUGGCGGAGCCCACGCGCCAUCCAGUCAUACUGCAAGCUGACAGCGAGAUCACCAGACUGAUCAUCACAGACGCGCACAAGCGAGUUCUUCACUCCGGUUUGGAACGAACUCUCUGUGAAGUUCGAACCAAGUACUGGGUGGAGAAGAUGAGAUCUACAGUCAAGAAGCAGCUACAGAAGUGUGCGUUCUGCCGCAACCGCAGAGCCACCCCUCAGCCACCCAGGAUGGCUGACCUGCCAGAGGCGAGGUUUGACAUGCGACGACCUUUCAGCACAGUGGGCCUAGACUAUCUCGGCCCACUGACAGUGAAGAAGUUCCGCAAGACGGAAAAGAGGUACGUCUUACUGCUUACCUGCCUCGCAACCAGAGCCGUGCACCUGGAGAUGACCGUCUCUAUGGACGCUGAAUGCUUCUUGAUGGCAUUGAGACGUUUCAUCGCUCGCAGAGGCAAGCCUCAAACGAUCUACUCCGACAAUGGGACUAACAUAGUUGGAGGUGAAAGAGAACUCCGGGACCAGAUCAAACGCUGGAAUCAAGAACACAUCACCGACACGCUAAGUCAGAGCAACAUCAAGUGGGUGUUCCUCCCGCCUGCAGCUCCUCACAUGGGAGGCUCGUGGGAGCGCCUGGUUGCGACCGUCAAACGAGCCCUCAGAGUAGUGCUCGGCAACCAGUGCGUCUCCGAGGACGUUCUUCUCACCGCCCUGGCUGAAGUAGAGUUCAUGGUGAAUGGCCGCCCUCUCACCAACGACUACCUCCAGGAGUCUUCAAUGACAGUGACCUAA